AUGGGAAAUACAGAAUCAAUGUCUGAAUCUCAACCUGAAUUUUACUAUCAACACCCUCCUGCUAGUUAUGAUGGGAGUUCUGUGAGUAAUAGCUAUCAUCAACCUUCUUAUGAUGGAAGUUUAGAUAAUGAUCAACCCUCUUAUGCUGCUACUAGUUCGGCGAUUACUCAACAGCGUCGGAACCAGCAGCCAACAUAUAUAGCUGAUAAUUUCAGCUCAUUGGAACAGGUUGUUUCUGCUCUGAGAGAAGCUGGUUUGGAAUCGUCGAAUUUAAUACUUGGUAUCGAUUUCACGAAAAGCAAUGAGUGGACAGGUAAGUACGCGUUUCAUCGGAAGAGUCUUCAUCAUAUCGGAAGCAGUCCUAAUCCGUAUGAGCAAGCAAUAUCUAUAAUUGGGCGGACACUGUCUACUUUUGAUGAAGAUAAUUUGAUCCCGUGUUUCGGGUUUGGUGAUGCUUCUACACACGAGAAGAAUGUGUUCAGUUUUUAUCCGGGGAAUAGAGUCUGUCAUGGUUUUGAGGAAGUACUUGCGCGCUAUAGACAGAUUGCUCCGCUCUUGAAACUAUCAGGGCCAACAUCAUUUGCCCCCGUCAUUGACGCGGCGAUUGACAUUGUGGAAAGUAGCAACGGUCAAUAUCAUGUUCUUGUCAUUAUUGCUGAUGGCCAGGUUUCUAGAAGUUCUGGUACGCCGCAUGGAAAGCUUAGUCCGCAAGAACAGGCAACGAUUAGUUCCAUAAUUGCUGCAAGUCAUUUUCCUCUCUCCAUUAUUUUGGUUGGAGUUGGAGAUGGACCAUGGGACGAGAUGAAGCACUUCGAUGAUAACAUUAAUGGACGCUUAUUUGACAACUUUCAGUUUGUAAACUUCACAAAGAUCAUGUCCGAGAACACAGAAGCAUCCAAGAAGGAAACAGCAUUUGCACUUGCUGCCCUUAUGGAGAUUCCGUUUCAGUACCGGGCCGCUCAAAAUAUACAGCUUUCCAACGAACAUGUUCGUCGUCAACAUAAAAGACCUCUCCCUCCACCGAAGGAAGUAAUAGAUCACGACAAUGCAUUCAUAGAGACUCCACGCCUGACAAAUUUUGAUUCGGUUGAACCAGCAGCUCCAGCCACAGCCAGUGCAGAACCAGUAUGCCCUAUUUGCCUCACCAAUCCGAAGGACAUGGCUUUUGGAUGCGGUCAUACUACUUGCAAGGAGUGCGGAGCUACAUUAUCUUCAUGCCCUAUGUGCAGGCAACAAAUUACAACUCGCUUGAGAUUAUACACUUAA